CUUGAUUAUAACAGCUUUCUCAACAAAUGGAGGUUACCUUCGACUGAACAAAUACGAAUAUUCCACUACUCCGACUGUUAGUGAACGCACAUACUAUCAGGGCACAUCUGUAACAAGAAGUUUGAACAUAAUUAUUGAUCUUGAAGGGCCGAGGCAUUGUUCUCUUACUGUUCCUCGUGAUGUGUUUUGUACUGGAUAUGCACUAGAAAUUGAGUAUCCAUAUACAAAAUUGAGUGAGUUGGAAAUCAGGUGGUCAACGUGGGUAGACGAUGUAUCGGGAAUGACAACAAUGCCAUAUGAUUUAAGAGUCUGUAAAAUGGUGGCCAAGAAUGACGUGCUUGAUUUUGAUGACAAUGUCGUUUGUUUAAGACUUGAUCAUUCACGAAUUGGAGAUGACUACGAAGCCAAAUUUAACCCAACAUUACCAG